GUUAACUUCAAGUUGCUUCUCCGUGCAGCCCAAUAUUUGCGAGAGAAAACAUUACGUCAUUCGAAAGCCAAAAAUUAAAUAAUAUCACGUAAUCAGGUAAUGGCUUAAAACGGAAAAUUACUAUAACUUUAAGCGUUAAUUUGCGAAGCAAAUGAUUUCUGAAACGGAAAAAGAAAAUUUCUCACUUGCGCAGCGGUGCAGACUUGCUGAAGAUAUAAACAUUGAGGUGUAGCUUUAAGACAGAUGUUUUCUAUUUAAGACAUCUCGGACAUAGAAUGCCAUGUCUUAUCGAAACUGAAAUGCAAUUUACAUCCACAGGUGCGUUUCCUCUUAUAGAACCUGACGGCUGAUUAAAACACUAUUCUCGAUUCAAUAAAGUAAUUUAAAAGUGUAAAGGAAGACAUGGAGCGACGGAAUAGAGGAAUAACUACGAAAAAAUGACAAAAUAUUCCAAAACUCUGGACAAUACACCCAGCCAUUACCUAAGGGUGUCCAAAAGUUGCAGUUUAAUGCAAAAUUAUUUGAAUAUUAAUGUUAUAAUGGAAUCUUUUAUUGUCAAGACUGCUAAGUGACAUAGCCUUGUCUAUGCUUUCACAUUUAUUAUUAAUUCAAGGCAAACAGGGCGUGUGUGGAAACUAAACAUUGCCAAACUAGAAUUGAAGUGAGCUGAAUUUGUGUUCAAAAAUGGAUUUUAAAGAAGCGCUUUUCAUGAUGCUGCAAGCAACAUUCGUUUUUGUUACUGAAGGAAACUUAGUGGCUCGUUCGUCGUAUUUUCAGACAAGGGAGAAUAAGCAGCUUCUAGGGUAUGCUUUCAAACGGUUCAACUCUGCUAGUGUGUUGUCGUGCGGUCAAGAAUGUUUGAGAUCUCCGUCCUGUUCAUCCACAAACUUCAAGUUUUUCUCCAAGAAGGAAGAAGAAGGAACUUGUGAGCUGAACAAACACGACGUCACUGCUGUACACGAGAGCAACAACUUUGACUAUCAGGAAGGAGCGAUAUUUUCUAUUUUCCUAAAGGGAUGUUUGCUCGCCAGCUGCCUUAAUGGAGGAUCGUGUUUGCCUGACAAAGAAAAACGAACUUUUUCCUGCUCGUGCAAACUGCCUUGGGCCGGGGACAGAUGCGAAAGUGAACUACUGACGUCUUGCAAGGAAAUACAUAACAAGAAAUUGUCCUCAUCAAACAAAGCCCACUUACUGAAGGUAGAAUCAGCAGAGGUUGCUGUGUACUGUCACAUGACUAACCUUGGUGCAUGCGGUGGGGGCGGAUGGACGUUGGUUAUGAAAAUGAAUGGCACACAGAGCACGUUUCGUUACAAUUCUGAUCUCUGGAGCAACAAUGAAACCUUCAAUAUAGAAGGAGGAAAGACUGGGUUUGACUUGCAUGAGACUAAAUUACCAACCUACUGGGGUACACCCUUCACCAAGAUCUGUCUCGGUAUGAAGAUCGGACAUCAAAUCAACUUCACCGUUAUUAAUAAGCAAGCUAGCUCUCUGCACUCACUGAUCGCUGAUGGAAACCACCGUAACACUUCACUAGGUCGUGACACGUGGAAGGAGCUGAUUGGUUCUCAAGCUUUCUUGCAACCCAAUUGCAACAAAGAAGGGUUUAACGUUGUGACCGAAAAUAACAACACAAAUUGGCCAAAGGUGAGGAUUGGUAUCCUCAGCAACAACGAAGAUAACUGUUUCUCUUGUGAUUCUAGGAUCGGCUUUGGAGCAGAGUCGUCGAUGGACGUAAGAAAUAAUUCUUGUGGAAAUGAAGCUUCUAUAUCUUACGGAGAUACACACAUUAAGACGAUGGGAUAUAUCUUAGUCCAAUAAGAAAACAAAAUGGUACCAAAAAUCCAAGAUUUAUCUCUGACGUUUUUAAGGUCAGGCACCAGUUCCGAGAGGAAAUUUGUUCGGCAGGGCAUCGAAAACAUGGGAAAGGCAAUAAAGAAAUGUGACAGACAAAAUUUGUAGACAAAAAGAUUUUUUUAGCUAAACUUUCUUGAGAGUGGCGAGAUUUUAGAAGCCAUUGCCCUCAAACUCCGAGCCGUAAACUCUGGAACAUAUUUAUGCCCAAGUUAAAUAAUGAUUAGUUAGUUGGUUGGUCAGUCGAUUUAAUUUAAUUUAAAUUUUGAGACUGCACGCACAAAAUGAUAGAGCCAAAUUAUAACUAAUGUACGAUGGAUUGAAUCGUACCAAUGAUAGGAACUGUCCACCUUUCCCAUUAUCUUAUGCACGAAAUGUCUGAAUUCUUGAAACAUAAUGUUACCACGUAUCAUCAAUGCAUCGUCAAGGAUGGAUUUCAACUGCAACAAUAAUACAACUAUGUUAAAAAAAUUAUCAAAUACUUGUGAAAAAAUACUUCGUCUCGGCUAAGAGACAUGCAAACUCGAAAUGCAUGUCGCUCAAACUUAAACUGUCGGCUGGUUGGUUCUCUAUCGCAGAAGGAGUCUCAACCGCAUGUUCACGAGUUACAACUUAAACAACAAAAGUUGUCAAAUACUUGUGCAAAGAUACUGUUCAUGGCUGGCGUGACUACGUUGAUAAGAGUAACAAUUACAUGAAUCUGAUCUUAAGUGACAGCGAGAAAGUCGUUUCCUCUUCGUCAGCAAAAUGGUUGUUUUCGUUAAUAGACAUGCUAUGUUUGUUUAAUUAGUUCGCAGGUUCCUUCGUCUCUCCUUGUAGAGGAAAACAUGUUGUUGAUGGAAAUACACCAGGUGUUUCUCA